AUGUCUCCACGCUUGGUUUCCACGAAGGAAGUCGCUCGCCACGAUUCCCCCAAUGACUGUUGGCUGGUCAUCGAUAACCAAGUCUGGGAUGUCUCCAUCUUUGCCCCAGACCACCCAGGUGGAGCUGAGAUUAUCCUCCGUCAUGCCGGUCGUGAUGCUACUGCCGCCUACAAUGAAGUUCACACACCAGCCACAAUCAAGACCCUCCCUCCAACCCAGCUGAUGGGCCAGCUAGACCCGUCCUCGGUGGACGGAACGUGGAGAAACAGGUCCACCCCACAGACCCCGUCCCAAACUACUGCCAAACCCCAGCUGAACGCCAUACUCAGCUCCCACGAUUUCGAGGAUGCAGCCCGGGACUCGCUAUCGAAGAAAGCCUGGGCUUUUUACUCCAGCGCAGCCACCGAUCUGAUCUCCCACAAUAGCGACCAAUCUUUCUACAGGCGUAUCUGGAUGCGACCACGACUCCUACGAAAUGUUCUCACAAUCAAUCCGCAGGCCAUCGUCCUGGGAACCCCGUUGGCUCUACCCGUAGUCGCUGCGCCCGUCGCGCUCGCCCGGUUGGCAAACCCCGCCGGCGAGAAGGGGAUUGCAGGCGCUUGUGCAAAGAAAAGUAUUGGAUACUGCAUUCCCAUCACCGCGUCCUUUCCCGGCGAAGAAAUCGUCGCUUCCGUUCCCUCCCAGCACCCCUUCUUCUUCCAACUGUAUGUCAAUAAGGAUCGCGCUUCAUCAGAGGCCAUCCUUCAACGUGUCUGGGAUCUUGGUGUUCGCACCCUCUUCGUGACGAUCGAUACUCCGGUGCCGGGCAAGCGGGAGGCGGACGAGCGCGUGCGCGCCGAGCAGUCCAUCUCCAUGCCCAUGACCGGCACCAAGGCCAGCCACGAUGCCAAGGGAGGCGGAAUCACCCGCACCACGGGGUCAUUCCUCGACGAGACGCUGUCCUGGGAGGAUCUCGCUUGGCUGAGGAUGCAUUGGCAAGGGAAACUGGUGCUCAAGGGCGUCCAGUCGGUUGAAGACGCGCUAAUGGCGGUGGAGGCGAAGAUCGACGGGAUUGUAUUAAGCAACCAUGGCGGGCGGAACCUAGACACUGCUCCUCCUGCCCUCUUAACCCUCCUUGAGCUGGGCCGACAUUGUCCUCAUGUCCUGCGCGAAACCGAGGUUCUGGUGGAUGGGGGUAUCCGCCGGGGAACAGACAUCCUGAAAGCGAUUUGUCUGGGAGCACGGGCGGUGCUGAUCGGUAGGCCGGUGAUGUACGCGCUCAACUACGGUCAAGAGGGCGUGGAACACUUGAUUGACAUCUUGGCGUCAGAACUGCAAGUGGCGAUGAAGCUGGUCGGCAUCACGGAUCUGUCGCAAGCGCAUAGAGGGUUGCUCAACACACAGGACCUGGACCACCUGGUGGUGCGAGAGCUGAGUGGGCUUGGAAGCGCGCUGCGCGCAAAGAUUUAA